AUGCAGGAGGAAACAUUCACCGUAGCGUCCACACCGGACUGCAUAACGGUACUCCGAGACGAACGCAACGAUGAACCCCUGUGGCGGGAGACGCAGGUCGGCUGCAAGGUUCUACUGCUACUGCAGGAGAUUCACAAGUUCAACAUUAGCUAUACCGAGUGUCCUUACCACCACAACGAGAAGGGCUUGUAUGUCAACAUGGACAUCAUUGCCAAGCCUCGGUCCCUUUUGUCUAUCCCCAUGAUUAACUGCACACCAAUUGCGCCUGUAAUGGUGUGGAAGUUCGGAUACAUCGUCCGUCACCCUGUCUCAGACAUCAAGCACUUCUACAGCCUAGCAUUCUCGACACCAGUGUGGAACUUUAUAGCCGCCAUGAUUCUGCUGGUCUCCGUGCUGUUUUAUAUCCUCAACCGAGCUGAACAGAAGAUAUCAGGAGAAAACCUCAAGUGCUACUUUUGGAGUGAGCUGUUCGUUGCGUUUGGAAUAAUCUGUCAGCAUUACAUUUCAAUCAACCCAAUGGAAUUAACUUCGCGUCGCAUCGCGUUCAUAAGCUUCUUCAUGUUUUCCUACAUAUUAUAUUCUUACUAUACCUCUACCUUACUCUCCGACUUAGUGCAUGACAUAGACAACGAGAUGGACUUGGAGACUUUAGGCGAGAGCUAUGAACAUGCCGUGUUGGAUACCGUGGCUAGUAUAAUCAAGGUUCUCUCUGAGCAUCUCCAUAUAAAUAAAAUGUCUUCUCAACGCCUGAGCUUUAUCCAUAAUAUAUUGACCAACCAUCGUGUAGUAAAUAUUAGCACAGGUCUCGCCGAGGUAAAGUCGGGUAAAACAGCUCUCCUAUCCGACUAUGUAUCCUUACAUUCCGCUGUGAUACAGUCGUUCACCAAGUCUGAAGUAUGUGAUCUCAUUAAAGUUGAUAUGUUUUCCAACGUCCUCAAAUACCUUGCUACUUCCAAACAAUUCAAAUACAUUGAGGAAUUCAAAAUCAGCACACUGCGGGCCCGAGAAACCGGCGUGCUACAGAGAUUACUCUCUCUAGAGAGAGUGUCUCCGCACACGUUCCAACAUUUCAGUGAAACUUGCGUCAGCUCGCACUUCCAAGCGCACAUUGGACUCGUCGGAAAACCGCUAAUGUUACUGGCAUUAGGAUAUGUGCUGUGCGGCUUCAUAUUGUUAGCUGAAAGAGUGCAUUAUAAUAGGUAUAAGGUUUGGCCGUAUGUGAACUAGAUAUAUUGUAUGGCUCCUCUACACGAUGGACCAUCAUACUGGCCCACUAAGAUGUGCCCGCGUGUAGGGGUAGUGGUGUCGGAUGGCUUAUGGCACGGCGGGAUGGCGAUGGGAUGGCCACGGUGUCGGUUUUUCGUCCGCACAUCAAAGGUAGUGGGCAAGCGAUGGUCCGUACGCAUCUACA